GCCGCUCCGCCCUCAGAACAACUCCGGCCGCCGCGCCGCCUGGCUCUCGUAUUCCUUGUUCUUGGCGGGCUCUGGGGCCUCAGCUCCGCGGCCCUUAGUCAUGUCGGAUUCUGGAAGUUACGGUCAGUCUGGGGGUGAGCAGCAAAGUUAUCCUUCCUAUGGAAAUCAAGGCAACCAAGGCUAUGGACAAGCAUCACAGAGCUAUUCUGGCUACGGACAAACAAGUGAUUCUUCAUAUGGACAGAACUAUGGCAGUUACUCCAGUUAUGGACAAAGCCAAUCAGGUUAUUCACAGACCUACGGUGGUUAUGAGAAUCAAAAACAGAGCUCCUAUGGCCAGCAGUCAUACAAUAACCAGGGACAACACACGGAAUCAUCAGGAGGCCAAGGUGGAAGAGCACCUUCAUAUGACCAAUCAAACUAUGGUCAGCAAGAUUCCUAUGACCAGCAGUCAGGCUAUGAUCAACAUCAAGGCUCGUAUGAUGAGCAGUCAAAUUAUAAUCAGCAGCAUGAUUCCUAUAAUCAAAACCAACAGCCCUAUCACUCACAAAGGGAAAACUACAGUCACCAUACACAAGAUGACCGUCGUGAUAUGAGUAGGUAUGGAGAAGAUAAUAGAGGAUAUGGCGGGUCACAGGGAGGAGGUAGAGGGCGUGGGGGAUAUGACAAGGAUGGAAGAGGUCCUAUGACAGGAUCAAGUGGUGGUGACCGCGGUGGCUUCAAAAAUUUUGGUGGUCACAGGGAUUAUGGACCCAGACCAGAUGCUGAUUCAGAAUCUGAUAAUUCAGAUAACAACACGAUCUUUGUGCAAGGACUUGGGGAGGGUGUGUCUACAGAUCAAGUGGGAGAGUUCUUCAAACAAAUAGGAAUUAUCAAGACAAACAAGAAGACUGGAAAACCAAUGAUAAAUCUUUACACAGACAAAGACACAGGGAAGCCAAAAGGAGAGGCAACAGUGUCAUUUGAUGACCCUCCUUCAGCUAAGGCAGCCAUUGACUGGUUUGAUGGAAAAGAAUUCCAUGGCAAUAUCAUUAAAGUGUCUUUUGCCACUCGAAGACCUGAAUUCAUGAGAGGAGGUGGAAGUGGAGGUGGGCGGCGAGGCCGUGGAGGAUAUAGAGGCCGUGGAGGCUUUCAGGGGAGAGGUGGAGACCCCAAAAAUGGGGACUGGGUUUGUCCUAAUCCAUCAUGUGGAAAUAUGAAUUUUGCCCGAAGAAAUUCCUGUAAUCAGUGCAAUGAGCCUAGACCAGAGGACUCUCGUCCCUCAGGAGGAGAUUUCCGGGGGAGAGGCUACGGUGGAGAGAGGGGCUACAGAGGUCGUGGGGGCAGAGGUGGAGACCGAGGCGGUUAUGGUGGAGACAGAAGUGGUGGUGGCUAUGGUGGAGACAGAAGUGGCUACAGUGGAGACAGAAGUGGAGGGGGAGGCUAUGGUGGAGACAGAAGUGGGGGCUAUGGUGGGGACAGAGGAGGUGGCUAUGGAGGAGACCGAGGAGGUGGCUAUGGAGGAGACCGAGGUGGCUAUGGUGGAGACCGGGGUUAUGGUGGAGACCGAGGCGGCUACGGAGGAGAUCGAGGUGGCUACGGAGGAGAUCGAGGGGGUUACGGAGGAGACCGAGGGGGUUAUGGAGGAGACCGAAGUCGAGGGGGCUAUGGAGGAGACCGUGGUGGUGGCAGUGGAGGCUAUGGUGGAGACCGAAGUGGAGGCUAUGGAGGAGACCGGAGUGGUGGUGGCUAUGGAGACCGAGGUGGCUAUGGAGGCAAAAUGGGAGGAAGAAAUGACUACAGAAAUGAUCAGCGCAACCGACCGUACUGAUGACUGUUUUGAAUAUUCCUUUGUCUCUGGCAUGAUCCACAGUGAAAUUGCCAGAGUUUUGCCUGCUGCUUUCCUCGUGGCCUCUUCUCGGGUAGUGAAA